AUGUUGUUCCUUUUCCUCUGUGUCAAGAUGCUGCUUUCAAACGUCGUCAACGGCCAGGCCAGCCUCAUACAAUGUCUCGAGUCUCACUCGCUCCCGACGAUAGUUGAAUCAUCCCCCAAUUACCUCUCCGCCACGCAGGACUUCAACCUCCGGGUGAAAUGGAAGCCACUGGUCCUUGUCACCCCCAGCACUGCCGAAGAGGUUUCGUCCGCAGUCCAGUGUGCCAACACCCACAAUGUCAAGGUUGCAGCUCGAGGCGGAGGCCACUCGUACGCUGGCAAUGGAAUGGGUGGUGCAGAUGGAAGCUUGGUCAUCGACAUGAAGAAGUUCAAGACGCUUCGGGUUGAUCCCGAUACCCAUGAGGCCAUCAUUGGUGCAGGCAACAGGCUGGGAAAUGUCGCCACAGCCCUCUACGAACAUGGAGAGAGGGGUCUUCCUCACGGGACAUGUCCAGGUGUUGGAUUCGCCGGGCACGCCCUGCACGGUGGAUACGGCCACGCCUCUCGUAUGUGGGGAACGACGCUGGACAACAUCAUCUCGGUGGAAGUGGUACUGGCCGACGGCCGCAUCGUCAAUGCUUCCGAGACUGAACAUCCGGACCUGUUUUGGGCAAUCCGCGGUACCGGCUCCUCGUUCGGAAUCGUCACCAAUUUUCACUUGAAAACACAUCCGGCCCCAGCCAACGGCGUUUCGUUCUCCAUCAUCUUCCCUGAGGUCAACGAUACGAGCACUUGGAAGAAAGUGGAUCUUUUUCUCGCCAUACAGGACUUUGCGGUCACACGGGCACCACCGGAGCUCUCGAUGCGAGUUUGGACUUAUACCGAUGUGUUUGGACUCUUUGGUGCAUAUUGGGGUACGCAGUCGGAUUUCUUCCGCGCGAUCGAUCCGCUUCUGAUGAAGCUACCACAGGACUCCAAGCUCUCUUUCGAUGAAGCUGACUGGCUCACGUCUCUCCGCAACUCCUACGACGGCUCUGCCCUCCCGCAGCCGGAGGAGUACACACUACGCGAGACAUUCCUUGCCAAAUCCCUCGUAUCGCCUCACAAACUGACGGCACCCGCCCUGCACUCCUUUUUCGGGUACCUAUCCUCGCCCGUUGCCCGCAACGCCCCCACGAAAUGGUGGGUGAUGUUAGACCUGUACGGCGGCGCGGGCUCCGCCAUCUCGGCCUUCCCCAGCUCGUGGUCCAGCUACGCGCACCGCGACGCCCUGUGGACCAUCCAGCUGUACGCCUACACCGACAACCACCUCCCGCCGUUCCCGGACGCCGCCUACCCCUUCAUGGACGUCAUGCUCCGCAGUCUGACCUCCGCCCAGAACGAGACCGCCUUCGGCGCGUAUCUGAACUAUAUCGAUCCCACCAUUCCGCCCGAGAAGGCGUACAAGCUGUAUUACGGUGAUCGGCUAGAGAAGUUGAGGGAGAUCAAGAGGCGCUUCGAUCCGGAAGAGAGGUUCUGGCAUCCCCAGGCUAUCAAUGUCGGUAGUCGUGGUGUCUAG